AUGGCGCGGCGGUCUCAGGCCCUGCUCGCGUCGUCGCUGGCCCUCGUGAUGGCGGCCGUCGCGUCGGCGGACUCGUGGCUCGACGAGAAAUUCAACACGGACGGCACCGUCCGCACCAACUACGACGCGUCCGGCCAGCAGGUGGCGAUGCUCAACCUCGACCGCAGCUCCGGCGCCGGCUUCAACUCCAAGGAGCAGUACCUCUACGGCGAGUUCAGCAUCCAGAUGAAGCUCAUCCCCGGCAACUCCGCUGGCACCGUCUCCUGCUUCUACCUUUCUUCCGGCGACGGCGACGGGCACGACGAGAUCGACAUGGAGUUCAUGGGCAACUCCAGCGGCCAGCCCGUGGUGCUCAACACCAACGUGUGGGCCAACGGCGACGGCAAGAAGGAGCACCAGUUCGACCUGUGGUUCGACCCGGCCGCCGACUACCACACAUACACCAUCAUCUGGAACCCGACUAACAUCAUCUUCAAGGUGGACGGCAACGUGAUCCGCUGCUUCAAGCGCUACGCCGACCUCCCCUACCCGAGCGCCAAGCCCAUGACGCUGCACGCCACGCUGUGGGACGGCAGCUACUGGGCCACCGAGAAGGGCAAGGUCCCCAUCGACUGGUCCGGCGCGCCCUUCGUCGUCUCCUACCGGGGAUACUCCGCCGACGCCUGCGUCAGCGGUGGCGCCUGCGCCACCGGCAGCGACGCGUGGAUGAACAAGCAGCCUGAUAGCGCCGAGUGGGGCACCGUCAAGUGGGCCGAGAGCAACUACAUGCGCUACAACUACUGCGACGACGGCUGGAGGUUCCCGCUGGGGCUCCCGGCAGAGUGCAGCCGCAGCUGA